UUAACUUUCUUUGGGAACAAUACGUUGGGAGAUUAAUAUUUAUCAUCUUUAUGUCAUACACAGAAAAUAACAUGGAUAAAAUCCCUCUUCACUCACUUUCUGUAAUCUUUAUUGGCCACUUGGGGGCAGUGAAAACAAGCUGUGUAAACAAAACACAGCCAUGUUUUCACCUAAUUGAGAUUGAUUCACAAACUGUUAGCAAACAGGUGCUUAUUUAGCAUUAUUACAUUUAGAGGAUAUGGAGCAGCAUCAGCAUUCAUUUUAAGUGAUAUUGCUGGUGACCAAAAGACUGUAAGUUCUAUAUUCACUGUACUUUUAGCUCUGGUUUGGUCUCCACCAACUACUGAGGCAAAUACCAAACCUGAAGCUAAUGCUAAAUUCAUCACUAUGUUCACUAAAUGUGUCUAUCUGCUGCUUGCUGCUUUGCAGUUGUAGUAGGUUUAUUAGAGCUCUGUUUUGCUGGUAGCAGCUGCCUGCUUUGCCAUGAAAUGGCGCUGGCAAGAAGUGACUGUGAAAUCUGUUGGACUGCACCAAACCAAAACAAUGUGCUGAAAUGGGCUAAAACGCUGCACAGAGCUGAGGGGAACUGCAGACUCACUAUAUGAGAAAAACAUUCAUAGACAUUUGAUUUGAUCCACUCUUAAUAACAGAUUUUGCUUAUUGUAUUUUUAAUGUUAUUCAGCUAUAUAGCUGCAAAGACCUGAGCAAUUGUGAGUAAAGUCACCCAAUUGCAUCUUAUUUUUAAUGUUUCCCACUCAUCCAGCAUACUGCGGUUUUUCUACUGAACAUAACAACUCCCUGAAUGUACCUUGUACUUGUUUGUAUGUGCGAUGUUUCAGUCAUUUUUUUACAUUUGUAUUUUUACUGUAUUCUGUAUUUAUGACUGUUUUCAAGAGCCUUUUUUGUGAAAAAGAAAAGACAAAGAGAUGUAAGUCAAAAGAUGCAAUCAGUGGGGUGCCAAAUAUUUAAGAAAGCAAAUUAAUUUGUGGACUUUUAUGUCAGUAAAGUUUGAUAUCACUGUCUGACAAUUCAUUUACUGGACAAAUGGCACAGGUGCAACUCAAAAACCCAAUAGCUUUAAAGCAGUAUUACUCACCACUUAUUCAGGAGGCAGCAUUUCCUCUAUCGUUUAAGUCUAUGAGAGAUAAUACAAUGAGCAGGCCACGAAUACACUGCAUUAAUUGGAUUAUGAAGCGUUUUAUCCUCCUCUGAGGCUCCAUUCAGUUCGGGUACAGUCAGGUGUUACAGCCUGAGGGACAGACAUGAGGGACCCACAUCUCCCAGCCAUCAAAUCGCGACUAUGGCCAAAGCAGAAAGGGAACAAAAAAUCGAAAGAUGAGUCUCCAAAGGUGGAAAAGACAGCAAAACCCCCGAGCCCUGCGGCUGUAAGUCCCAUCCCGCAGCUGACUGAAGCAGAGAGGAUGAAUCAGUCACCGUUUGAGAGGGUCGUCUAUGACAUGGCCCACAACCAGAAGAUAGUCAACGACCUGAUGCUCGGCAGGAGAGUCGGCUUCUACGAGCUGCGUGGAGAGGUCGGGCAGGGGAAUUUCUCAACAGUCAGGUUGGGCAUCCAUGCUUUGACAAAAGAGAGAGUGGCUGUAAAAGUCGUGGACAAGCUGCGUCUGGAUAAGAAGAGCCAGCCGAUGACCUCCUCAGAGAUCAGCUGCAUGGAGAAGCUUUGCCACCCCAACAUAGUGCGACUUUACGAGGUGGUUGAGACCAGCAGGAAGCUGUAUCUGGUGAUGGAGUACGGCAGCGGUGGAGACCUUUUCUCCCGAAUCACCACCAGGGGGAAACUGAACGACCUGGAAGCCAAGCUGGUCUUUGCACAAGUCAUCUCUGCUGUUAAACACAUGCAUGACAACAACAUCGUCCACAGAGACCUAAAGGCAGAGAACAUCUUCUACACCACCAGUUAUUGCAUUAAGGUUGGAGAUUUCGGUUUCAGCACAGUGAGUGUCCCCAAUGAGCUCCUGACCAGCUUCUGUGGCUCACCACCCUACGCUGCUCCUGAACUCUUUAAGGACAAAGGUUAUGUUGGCCGCUACUCAGACACCUGGGCUUUAGGCAUCCUUUUGUACUUCAUGGUGACAGCCACUCUGCCCUUUCAUGGGGACAACCUGGGGAAGCUGAAGCGCUGCAUCCUUCAGGGGGCCUACAGCAUCCCAGCUUAUGUGCCCGAUCCAUGCCAGUUUGUCAUAAAGGGAAUGCUGCGGCCUGUGCCUGCUGAUCGCUCCACCCUCACACAUAUUACAGACGCUUCUUGGCUCAAGGGGAUUGAGUACCCCCGUCCGUUCACCUUGUUACCCCUGUCCCCGGCCCACUUUGCAAAGGACAGCCAGAAUCUGUGUGUGGAGGAGCAGGAAGUGAAGAAUUUGCUGUCAGAUCUGGGUAUCGUGACAGUUCAUUUCCAAAACAACCCCUGCUUAGACUGUAGGAGCCCACUGACGGGAACAUACCGGAUCCUUCUCCACCGGGUCCAAAAGAGGAGGUCAGUGGAGGCUGUAGGCUAUACAGCACUCCACCCUGAUGAGUAUGAGCACCCAAAGCAGUGGUCUAUAGCCUCUGUGGGCAAACAAACUCCCUCAGCUGUCUGUGCUGUACUGUAGUGCGAAAUAAGUGGACUGGCUUCAGAUGCGGCUUCAUCACAUACACAUGUGCCCUUUUGCUCGCUGACACUCCUUCAAUCACAUCAAGCCUCUUUAAUCUCUGAGGCGUCAGGUUACAUGUUGGAGGGUUUUCAAGUUGUGCAAUACUGAACCAACGUGGCAGACACUUGGAGGUCUGUCUGUCCCUCAGAGUAAGUCAAUUACAGCUCAGAACAGACUAGGCCAUCUCUCUUAAGUAAUUAGCCAUGACUGUUCUCUGUUCUGAUCACGUCACCCACCUCAAGCUUAACAUCCAUCUAUUACUGUAUGGCUAUCAGCAUAGUCAAAUCCCUCUUAGUCGGUGUACAAAUCUAUUGAACUAAUCCCAGGUCACAUGGUCGUCCUAAUAAGGGGACGGUGAGGACAAGCAGGGUCGGACACAGAUGAAACCUGAGACAAUGGAAAAGAAUAACGUGUCCUCUGAAAAAAUUAAGACCACGUGAGGCCAGACGAAUCAACAAAAUGUCAAACCAGCUUCAGCUGUUUUAGUUUUUUUGUGCAUUUUAAACUCAAAACUUGAUGCCUAAAAUGCCUUCAUUUAAUUUAGAUAGUUAUUUAAAAUGUUUUUGAAUACUAUGCACAUUUUAUGAUUGUCAGUAAGGCGCACACGGAUGGUAUAUGUUAUGUUUUGCACAAUUUGAAUUCAAUUUUAUAAACUCUGUGUCAAAGGUGCAAUAUGUAGGAAAUUUAGCAAAAACAGAUCAUUAAUUAAAGCUGCUCCUCUCUACAUCACCACAUGAACGAGCAGCAGUAAUCACCAGACAUAGCAGCAAACAGGAGGAUCCAGCUCUCUGUGUGCUCACGAGCAGACAGGACCGCCGCUUUAUGGAGUUCUCUGUCCAGAUUGGACAAAGUGGACAGGGAUACCAGAAAUGUCAUUUUCUCUUUUACUACAUGAGCAGUGGGAGGAGAGACAUGGGUUACUGACAUGUCAAACACUCCAUAACAGUGGUUACUGUUGGAAUAUAAAGCUAUUUAACGAUUACUUUUUAAAAGCACCCCUGUCAGCCACUUUCAACAUAAUGAAGAAAUAACAUUUCUGAUGUUAUGACAUCUAUAUAUUGUGUUGCACAAAUAUCUUCUGAAGUGAGCAUGCUAACCAGCUAGUAACAGCCUAUUCUGGUCCAACAUUCCUGUACUAGCUAGUCAUAAACAUAAAACAUAAACAGUCCCCUGGUACUCUGAGUUCCCAGUCUGAACCACUAGUUGCGCGGCUAAUUGGGCUAACUAGCUAACUAGACAGCCAAAAAUAGCAGUAAUUAGAGGUAACAUAGUGUAUUUAAUUCAAUAAGUGGCCAAUUUUUACAUAUUGCACCUCUAAGUUUUGCACUAAUGCGUGCUUACUGUAUGUUUAAGGCAAUACACCCAUAAUUGCUUCAUGGACUCCAUGCAGCUCUGUAUUCAUAAUAAUAACAAUUAAAUGGUUUAGUCAUUAGAAUUCAUCAGAAUUAAAGUAUUUUCAAACAAUGAAUUAUUUUCUCUCACUCCC